CUACACGGGAGGGCUCGGAAGGGAGCGGGAGAAACAGGUUAGAAAAUGCAAUAUUGGGCGCCUAUAAAACGAGGGACGGUAUAGCUGCAAUCAUCAGAGACCCCCCUCUGAGCCAGAGCUCAAGCAUCGCAGAAUCACUCGUAGCACCAUGGCCAGACUCACCGACCACAAGGUUAUCAUCUUCGAUGUCUACUCGACCAUCGUGGACUGGUACUCAGCGAUUUACGAUAACCUCAAGCCCCUGCUCGCACGAUAUGAGGCGUCUUCCAAGUGGACGCGUCAGGAGGCACUGGACGAGUACGCCGCCAUUGAGAUUGACACCAAGAAGCGGUACCCGGACAAGCUGUACCAUCGCAUCUCAGAGAUCAGCUACGAAGAGCUCGAGAAAAAGAUUCGGAGGCUCGAGGGUAAUCAGGCGAACCUGCCCGCGCCGUCGACGGAGGAAGAGCGUCGCGCAUUCGGGCGUCAUCCAAUCCAGGCGGUCCCGUUCCCCGACAGCGUGGAUGCGCUGACGCGGCUGGGGAAGCACUUCAAGCUGGCCGUACUGUCGAACAUCGACCACGAGAGCUUCGCGCACACGCACCAUCGCAUUUCCGCGGCGGACGAGUACCCAAACGCGUUGCAGACGUACUCGUACCCUGAGCCCAACCCCAAGAAGUACUGGUACCCGCACACGGUGCCAGGGUCCAAGUCGCCGUUCACGCUGGUCCUGACUGGGCAGGACGUGGGCGCGUACAAGCCUGAUCACAAGGGCUUCAACAUCGCAUUCGACGAGAUCGAAAACGAUCCUGAAUUGUUGGGUGGGAGCGGGCUGAAGGCGAAGGAGCACACGCUGAUUGUCGCGAAUGGGCUACCGGGCAAUAUUGCGCCCGCGCCUGAGUUGGGCGUGAAGAGCGUCUUCAUUGACCGGAACCAUCUCGGAGACGACAAGGCUGCGAGCAAGAUUGGUGGGAAAAAGUGGACCUGGAAGUUUGACACGCUGGGAGAGCUGGCGGACGCGGUAGAGGAGGAGGUAGCUAGCAAAUGAAGAGCACCUGUUUUGUGGCGGCCGAUCCACGUCAUUCUCGUCAGGGCGAUGGCGCGUCGCGCGUGGCUGACUAAGCCGUUCUUUUCACUCUUCGACUUGGACUUUUGUCAGUCUCCGACCUCCCCGUCACCGUCAUCCCCCGCGCCCCCGCUCGCAUCGUUCACGGAUCCGCCAUGUCCGACACCACCGCGACGACAAACAUCAGCCACCGCAACGUCGUGCCCUCCGACGUCGGCUGGCAGUUCGUCCCCCAGUACUACACCUUCGUCAACAAGGAGCCCGAGCGCCUCCACUGCUUCUACACGAAAAGAUCAACCUUCAUCCACGGCACGGAGGGCGAGGACGGCAAGCCGUGUCACGGUCAGCAG